AACUGUUAUUAGCCUUUGCAGAGUCACUGCAAGAAGCCGACUUACUACCGCUUAGCUCAAGAGAGGAGCGUUUUAACUUGCUGUUUGGUGUCUAAUCGGGAAACACAUUCGACUGAUUGACUGAUAAAAAUUCAUUGAGCUUUUACCAUGCCAAAGCCUACACAAGCGUUUAAGAUGGAGGAAAAUGUCGACGAGUCAAUUAGUUAUUAUGAAUAUCCUGAAAAUUAUACCGUCCCUAGAAAUUUCACAACCGAUGAUGUUCUAAAAAUCAUUCCGCUGACAAUCAUCUUUGUCAUUUCUUUAAUUGGGAAUGUAACGAUACUAGUGACAUUAUUCCGAAAUCGGCAGCAGCGGAAAUCACGUGUGAAUUUAUUGAUUAUGCAUUUGUGUAUCGCCGAUUUAUUCGUCACUCUGAUCAUCAUACCGACGGAAGUUAUUUACACAUGCACGAUCGUCUGGCACGGCGGGAUGUAUGGCUGUAAGAUUUUGAAAUAUUUGUCUAACGUGGCUCUAUAUAGUAACUCUUUCAUCGUCAUUGUUAUCAGCUUCGAUCGUUACGCGGCGAUUAUUACGCCGUUGAGCGUGCAGAAGGCGGACAAGCGGUGCCGUAUCAUGCUGCAAAUCGCUUGGAUUUUGAGCUUUAUCUUCAGCUUGCCGAACUAUUUCAUAUUUGAAAAGGAAGUGCUCAUAAUAGACGAAUCCUACAUGCGAUGCGCCAGUAAGAGAUUUGCCUUCAAUCAUCCACAAUGGGUCCUUGUCCACCAUUUUUCUGCUCUGGUGUUAAGUUAUAUAAUCCCGUUAUUAAUUAUUGUUUCGUGCUAUGUAGGAAUUGUCGUCAAAAUCUACAAGAAAACAUUUCAAUCUAAUCCUCAUCCGAAUGGUAAGAAAACCUAUGUGACUCUUCGGCGCUCGGGAACCAACAACAUACCAAAGGCACGCGUAAAAGCCGUCAAAUUGACCGCCGCAAUCGUUAUAGCGUAUAUCAUAAACUGGACACCAUAUUUCGUUGCGACUACUAUAGUAACACUUCAAGGCAAAUUAACUAUGUCUUGGCUGUUCCAACAAACACUUUUUGCCUUCGCUGUUCUUAACACGUGCAUGGACCCGCUUAUCUACGGCUUGUUCAGCAUCCGAUUUUCGCGCGAAUUCCGAAGGUGCUGUUGGUGCAUGAGUGGCCGUGAUGGUCGUCUAAAAAUUAACGGUACGCAAAACACGAUGCCAACAGCUAUGACGACACGUGGAAUGUCAGGAGGAAGCGAAAUGUUGCAAAUUGGUGAAACGUCACAGACUACGAGGACAGAAGAGGACUGAGAAUAGACCUCAGUUUGGGUUGGACGCAAUGAUUAAUAUGUAAACAGUAUUGACGGACCGGCUUUCAUAAAUUCAUGACGUGUGUGUACAUAGUUGUAUAUUAUAUAGAGUAUUAUUAGUAAUUAUUACAGUAUGUUAUAUUUAUAGCACACGUUUGUAUAUUAGUGCAAUAAUAAUAGGCAACGGUAGCGCGUUGCAAAACAUACGCAAUCAAGUCACUACGGAGGUCAACCAUAAUUUGCAUAUUCCUUCAGAUGUUGACGUCAAAUAAUUUCUUGAGUAGUAGAAAUAUUUAGCUUUAGGGGAGUGGUAAUACAAGUCUCCAGGAGGUGGGCGUGCAAUUUAUAGAUCCAAUUAUCACAGCCUGUUCAUUGUAUCUAUAAAUUGGUAAGACUGACAGAAGGUGGAACAAUUCUUUGUCAACAAACAUUCAAUAUUCUACCAGGUACCACGCCUAUUAGAUGGCGAGAGACACACGUAAAGUGCAUUGCCCUAUGAAACAAGCGUAAUGCUCAGCCCUGGAUUUGAAUCUAGCUGUGUCGACUGCUCCCACUUGCCACUGGGAACGAACUGUUGUGUGUUGAAACGCGCACGUGUAUAUUGUAUGCGCGGAUAAAUAGAUGAAUGACAUAAUGAUGUGACUGCUUAAACUAGUUCGAAGAACGUUCCUCCUGCCCGUUCUGAAAAUUUCAUGAAACGGGAUGAGGACGGGUUGAAACUUGCGAUUUUGGCUUUUACUACGACACAAUAUAGUUUGAAGUAAGUGCAUUACGAUUGCAGACGGUUUGUAAAAUGUUCGCACAACGUUUAGAACAGGAAGACGUUACGUUUAAUGUCGUUUUUAGUCCGUUCUUAACAAAUUCCAACCCGUCCUCAACCUUUUUAACCCCGUUCGCAGUAGGUUUCAAUCCGCUCUAGGACGUUUCUACGUCCGUUCAAACCAGUACACUGCGUUCUCAGGCAGUUUUUAGCACGCUCAGAACUGGGAUUUGGAUCAUCUUCCAGCUCGAUCUGCUAUAUACGACCCCUAUUUAGCCCGUUCUAAUUUUUCUGUCUAAGAAAGCGCAGGACGGGGUGGAACGUAACAACAUCGGUGUUGGAUCGUACUCCUAUUUCCCCCCCCCCC